AAACACGGAUUUCACUCUUGUCAUCCCGCCAACUCCUUUCACAUUUCUAAAUGGCAACCCCCGCACGUUCAGCCGCCGCUCGCAUUGACUGGGGUGCUCUAGGCACCAAGCUCAAGCCAGAAACUGUGGCGGCUAUCAGCGCUUUCCGUCGUCGCCACACUGAGCUCACGAAGACCGUGACUGAACUUCGGGAACAAAGCGCCACUAUUGACUUCGAAGCUUACCGCAAGGUGUUGAAGAACAAGAAGGUGGUCAACGAUGCUGAGAAAAGUUUCAAUGCCUUCACCCCUGCGACCUAUGACCUUGGAGAACAGUUGAGGAUUAUUGAAUCUGAGCAGGCCAAAGCUGUUGCCGCGGCCCAACAGACUUCCAAGAAGGUGAACGCAGAGGUUUCGGAAUUGCAGGAACUUUUGACCAACAUCGAGACUGCUAGACCCGUUGACCAGCUUACGGUGGACGACGUCGCCAAAGCCUACCCUGAACUCGACAAGACCGUUGAAAAGAUGGCCAAGCGUGGACAAUGGAAGGUGCCAGGAUACUACGAGAGAUUUGGAGAGUUCAUCGUUGGUUUCUAGAAAAGAAGCACUAUCGUACUGGACUUUUACGUGUUCCAAUUCUAUCUGGGAGAAUAGGGACUACAAUGUAGUGUCGGAUAAUUUACAAGAAAAAUUCAUUCCUCA